AUGCCAAAGGACAGGAGCUCCCGUUCAGUCUCGCACGAGGGCUGCCGAUCUCGUGUCUCCCCAUACAAGUUGCGGAGUGGUUCUCGCAGGUCAGAGGAAGCCGCUGCUGCCACCGCUGCUGCAGCAGCAAAGCAGGCUGCAGAAUGGGAGGAGGUUCGCUGUCCUGUGUGCAUGGAUCACCCUCAUAAUGCUGUUAUGCUUGUCUGCUCGUCACAUGAGAAAGGUUGCCGCCCUUUCAUUUGCGACACAAGCUACAGACACUCCAAUUGCCUUGAUCAGUACCGCAAAGCCUCCAAGGAGUCCUCUAAGGAUUCAGGGGCAGCAGAAUGCGCUGAGUGCCAGCAGCCAGUUAAACUGGCAUGUCCAUUAUGCCGUGGGCCGGUCAGCCAUUGGACUAAGGAUUAUGAUGCACGGAAGUUCAUGAAUUCUAAGGAUCGAGCAUGCACCAUGGAGUCAUGUGAGUUCAAGGGUGCAUACAACCAGUUGAGGAAGCACGCAAGGGAGGAUCAUCCUGCUGUACGACCAACGGAGGUGGACCCCAAUCGACAGCGAGACUGGCAUAGGAUGGAGCAGCAGCGUGAUCUUGGGGAUUUGUUCAGCAUGCUGCGUUCGGGGAUCAGUGGCAGAGAAGAUGGGGUUGGAGUCGGUGAAGGUGACGAGGGCGUCAGUGAGAGAUCUUUGCACGCCACGUCCAUAACGAUGGUCUUCAUUGUGCGGUCAGGCAGGUCCAUCCUACACUACACAGACGGGGAAAUCCCAGGUCGUCGAUCAAGAACAAUUCUUCUAGUUGGGGAGCCUCGUGGUGAAGCCUCCCGAGCAGGAGGAUCAAGCGGCAAUGGUGAUGCUGAGGCCACUACAACCGACAAUGAGGAAACGGACCUGGCAAUGUCAACACAGGCAUCUGCUGGUUCUCAGGAAGAUGCUGGAGAAGCCGGUGGCGAUCCUGCGCAGUGA